AUGUCUCUGAAAAAAAUUUUACAUCUGUGUGAAAAACAUGGAUUUGUGAAACCCCUUUGGCAUGGCUCAGAGGUAACAAGGCUGAAUUUUGGCCCUGUUGGUGAAUUCCUUGUUAAUAAUGUAAGGCAAGAAUGGCACUACAGUAGUGUCGUCAAUCGUGAUGAAAAUUUUUAUCCAGUUCAGUCACGUCUUAACCGAUCAGAUGGUCUUACAAAUGAUUUUGAUGGGAUACAUGAAACUUAUGACCACAUUAAGAGUCUGUGUAAUGGUACUCUACCAUUUGGAAUUGCACAGACCAUUGCAGAUGAUAACUUAAUGCUCAAAAACAGACUCCAAGCUGAACAACCUCAUCAAGUGUUCAAACCAGACCAUCAAACUUUUUUACGAUCCCUCUUAUUUGUAUCUCCUAAUGAUGGAAGACAAGCAUUUUACACCUGGCAACAGAAACGCAAAAUGUGGUGGAGAAAGUUUUCAUCUCACCCAGGGCGCUUUUCCCUUUCCGAUAUAAAGGAGUCUGGAAUGAAUGAUAAAAUUAAUGACAGUAGUGACUUGAUGGUUAAUAUUCUAGCUGAGUUUGACUGGGGCUCUACAACCAUAGAGACUAUUCGCCUUUUACCCUUAAAUUUAGGGGAUCUGUCCGAUAAACAAAUCGAAAUUUUAAAAGCCAAAGAUGGGCGAAAACAAGUGUUACCUUUCUUGGUGGAAUGCAUUUUGUCUUUGGAAAUUGCAUCACUAGUAUUUUUGUGUGAUGCUUUUUUAGAGAAUUCAAGAAGACAGUUGCUGAGAUUACAUCGGCGCCUUUCUCCUAUAAAAGCUGGUUUUGUGAUUAGUCUUACAGAUUCAACUGUGGCUGAUAGGCUUUUGGAUGUAGCAAGACAUUUGUCUCGAUCAUUGCGUCAGAAUGGCUUAACUACUCUACUAUUGUCUGAUAUUGCCAAAAAGUCUCAUGACUCUCAACUUGCAAGAAAUGAUGAAAUGGGUAUUCCUUUUACAAUUGUACUCACUGAUUCAACACUGAAUGAUGGCAUUAUUUGGAUGUAUAGUCGUGAGACAACCUUAAAGGAGCAGGUGCACAUUAGCAAAGUUCCAGAAUACAUGACAUUACUUGUGAAAAACUACUGAUGGUCAUUGUGUAAAAAUGAAAAUAAAUAGUCUUAAUAAAUAUUUA